UAUCAAGGACAUUUGGCUCAUUCUUGCCCAAAUCAAGUGGGACAUGAAUAUCAAGAGAAAGUUAUAGAUGUACUGUUUAUGAAAAUAAUUGGUCUCAAGGUUGGUAACAAUAAAGAUCGAAGUCAAGUCAGAAAAGUUAAAAGGAUUAAUAAGACAUUGAAGAAAGAAACUAACCUUGGAAGUGGUGAUGUAUGUGAAAGAAGUGGAAAGGUCAAUGAACAAAAAGGGAUGAAAAAGAAUAUUGUUAGUAGUAUGAAAGUGGAUAAGUUAGAUCAGAAGGAGAAAAUAAAAAUAAAUAACAUGCCUGUAAAGUCUUGUGAAGUUGCAGUACUUGGAUCCGGAAUGAUGACAAUGAAAGUCAAGCUUGAUAAAAAUGAUGACUUUGCCAAUCAUCAAAAAAAUUCAAAUAAAGAAAAUAAUCUCAAAUCAGAUUCUGACAAAAAAACGAAGAAAGAAAGGAUGGUG